AGCGGUGAAAACCUAGAUCGGGAUUGGCCUCUCCACCAAUCCCCGCCUCCUCUCCCCUCCCCAAUCAGACGUUUCUCACUUCCCGCGGGAGCCCGACGGUGGCGGCGGCGGCUGGAAUGAAACGGGCGGACCUCACCGUUCAUCUUCCUGCGCUGAGAAGCAGCGUGGGCGGCUCCACCCCGUGCCUCGCAUCAGGAGGCAUCGCGGACGAGGGCGCCGCCGCUGGUAGAGCGCUAGGAGGCCACAGUUGCCGCCGGUCGUGGACGUCAUCGUGCCAAAAGCAGAAGAGCGCACGAAGGCGGGCGGCGGCGCGGAGAGUGGUGGCGGCGCGCGGCCUCGGCCAUGGAAGAGAUGAAGGAGGCGUGGAGUUGGAUGGAGCGCCGGUCGUCCCCGUCGACCGGUUCAGAUUUGACAUGGAUUUAAGCCUAGAUCUUGGACGGGGCCAUGGCAUCAAUGCAGUGUUGACCAUGGACGUGGUGCGCAUGCGGCAGGAGGAUCACACGGCCAGGGUAGCCGACCUGCUGCCUCUCCCAUGGCCGAGGGAAGCUGCUUUUCUCUCUGCUCCACUUUGUAUUAGAUCGAUGUCCAAAAUUUCUGGAGAGCUCUUCUUGUGUUGUGCAUCACCAUCUAGGAUUAUUUUCUCCCCUUUUGAGUUGUCCCUGUACACCUAUUUACAGAUUUGUGGUGUACCCUGGUUUGAACCAAGAUUGUUUUUUUUUUUGGGUACAGAGGUCACCAUGCUGCAUUGGCAAACAGGUUGGGGAUUUGAUCAUUGCAGCAAGUGCAAGAAGGCUGAGUUCAUCAGCCUGGUAUGGCGCUACCUCUGCGGGAGGCAGAGCAUAUGGAGUGUUGUAAGAUCCAUACCGCACCGAUGAGAUGGUGAUUCUAGACGAAUCCUCUAACUGGUUGAUUAGGUCACACAUAUAGGUCUAAGUUGUGGACAUUGUAGUGUUUGGUGGAACUGGCUGCAAAAAUGUGUCCCCAAAUAUUUUUUGUGGGCUGCAAUGUGGUGAGAUUUUUGUUAUCCGCCGCAUAACGAGCUCCUGCUUUGCAGCAGCACGUGAAUUCUUUUUCGCAGUUGUUGUGAUCAUGAGAUGCAUUAUUUCAGACCCUUACAUGUUUGAAGUUAAAUUUGAUUGAUGCGACAUCAUGCUGUGGAGCCACUACCUUUGAACCUGCAAUUCAAGAGAAAAUCUAAUAUAUUCAUGGAUUACCACAUGUCCACAUGUGCCUUGCAACUAUUUUGUUCAUUUCUCAAAGGAUAAACAAGGUUUACGUAGAAAAGUUAGAUCUCAGCCCAUGGAGAAAGUUUCAAAAAAAAAUAUUGCGUCUGACAUGUUUGUUAUUAUGUCUACGAGAAGUGAUUUUUUUUCUAGCUCCAUGGCGGAUGGCAAUGGCUGCAUCUGGGCGCCCGCACAUCCCCGAUUCCAUGGUCAGUAGCAGCAGUGUCAUCUGCCUGUUCGUCGGUGGGUGCUAGGCAUGAGGACAUUAUUAGUAUAAAUCAAAGUGUUGUAUUAGAGAAAUCAUGUAUAAAUUAGCUCAACCCAAACUAAAUGUACUUGUAGUUUAGUGUUUUAUCUCUUCCAUAACUCUCCUUUCAUGUAUCGAGCAACUAUCAGUCUAUCACUAAGUCUCUUUGCUUACUGGAAGGCUCUAAACCUUAAAGCGUAAAAUUAUGGAAUAACCAAUGCACUUUUUCACAUAGUGAGAUGGUUGACACUUCAGUCUAUAUUUGCUAAAUCUUUACAGGUUUGCAUGUUGUGUUAGCAUGUGAAUAGCAUCUUACUUAAUUGCUUAUCCUCGUCUGCUGAUGAAUUGGUGUUAUUUCGCUGUGGAUAGCUACUACUAUCUAGAGAUUUGCAUAGGCCAAAAUCUAGAACCUACAGGUUGCCAGUUUGAUCUAACCAAUAAAUUGCCAAGAAUUUAUAUCCCUAAAAGGAUGUCCAUUCUGUGCAAGUUUACCUCAAUUAAUUAUUGGUUACCCCUUCGAACUUCAACUUUGCAGUGAUACACCCUAAGUGUUUGAUACAUGGGAUUUUGCUUUCGUUGUGCAGUUUGUCAUGUCGAGGGUGUGGAGCUGGUGGUUGGUGGAACGCCUUGCUGGUAUGUGGCCUUUGUUUUAGAUAUCAGAACUGUACACUGGGUUUGGUAAACUUAUACAAAUAGUUUGCUUAAUAGUAAGUUGAACUUAUACAAACAUGGAAUCAUAUUUCAGUUCGUAUCUCUAUUUUCUCUUCAGUAUUGGGCACUUCUUUAACAUAUGAACGAGACACCGAGAAAGGCUUCCAGCUUGAUUGGGGAAACAAUAGCAUCCACAUUCGUGUGUUGCUAAUUAAUCAUCCU